UGCGUGCGCCACUUCCAGUGCUGUGAUAUCCAAACCACGGAGGGUCUGGGCCAGGCAUGGUGGCGGUUGAGGAAGACCUGCUUUCAGAUCGUGGAGCACAGCUGGUUCGAGUCGUUCAUCAUCUUCAUGAUCCUGCUGAGCAGUGGUGCUCUGGUAAGCAGCGGGCAUGCUGGGUAGGGGUGGCGGGGGUCGCAUCGGCCCUGCCUGCUGACUGGUCAAUCUGCCAGGCCAGGCCACCCAGUGUGGGGUGAGACUGGGGGGGGGGGGGGGGGGGGGAACAGGGGAUGACACAGAGCUAUCCAACAGGGACAGUUCCAAAGGGGUUCUUCGGCUGUCCUCAUAGGAGAACCAUUUUUGGUUCCAAGUAGAACCAUUUUUGGUUCCAGGUAGAACCCUUAUGGGUUCCAUGUAGAACCCUCUGUAGAAAGGAUUCUACAUGGAACCCAAAAGGGUUCUACCUGGAACCAAAAGGGUUAUUCAAAGGGUUCUCCUAUGGGGACAGCCGAAGAACCCUUUUAGGAUCUAGAUAGCUCCUUUUUUUCUAAGAGUGUAAUGUGCUGUAAGUAGAGGCUUCAGGCUGUGUGAGAUGUUUAGGAAUAAUCUCUCAGAUCAUACAAGUUGUUUGUUACCUCAUCUCUUUUUUUAUUGCUAUUUUCUACACAGUUAUUGAUUUACUCUGAGAUCCAGGCUAUUUAAUAAGACAAUAAUAAGAUUAUCUCAUCAAAUAGAAGGUUAGCCAAUAGACUUUGCACAAAAUCCCAUAAAUGAUAUCGGGAUGAUGCUAACAUGGAUGGUCGACUCUUGAUUAGCUUGUGUGAUGUGCUAACUUUGGUCUUAGGCUGUAAUAACACUAAUACUAUGUUGGGCGUUUUUUCCAUGAGCCCUCGCACACUAUUUCCAAGACAGCACCCUACAAGCCUCUCAGGACUAACUCUAACACCAUUUGUUCCAGGAUGCAGCUCACAAACAAGGUCAAUGACUCUUUCACCUGCUAUUACAAUCUAACACUAAGGUUGGCAGGCAUGAAGUGCCCAACAUAGUAGAGCUAGCUGAGAAUGUCAAGCAGGUGAAAUUGAGAUAAGACAAAUUGUGGUAUAUACAUUGGGGAGAACAAGUAUUUGAUACACUGCCGAUUUUGCAGAUUUUCCUACUUACAAAGCAUGUAGAGGUCUGUAAUUUUUAUCAUAGGUACACUUCAACUGUGAGAGACGGAAUCUAAAACAAAAAUCCAGAAAAUCACAUUGUAUGAUUUUUAAGUAAUUAAUUUGCAUUUUAUUGCAUGACAUAAGUAUUUGAUCACCUACCAACCAGUAAGAAUUCCGGCUCUCACAGACCUGUUAGUUUUUCUUUAAGAAGCCCUCCUGUUCUCCACUCAUUACCUGUAUUAACUGCACCUAUUUGAACUUGUUACCUGUAUAAUAGACACCUGUCCACACACUCAAUCAAACAGACUCCAACCUCUCCACAAUGGCCAAGACCAGAGAGCUGUGUAAGGACAUCAGGGAUAAAAUUGUAGACCUGCACAAGGCUGGGAUGGGCUACAGGACAAUAGGCAAGCAGCUUGGUGAGAAGGCAACAACUGUUGGCGCAAUUAUUAGAAAAUGGAAGAAGUCCAAGAUGACGGUCAAUCACCCUCGUUCUGGGGCUCCAUGCAAGAUCUCAUCUCGUGGGGCAUCAAUGAUCAUGAGGAAGGUGAGGGAUCAGCCCAGAACUACACAGCAGGACCUGGUCAAUGACCUGAAGAGAGCUGGGACGGGGACCACAGUCUCAAAGAAAACCAUUAGUAACACACUACGCCGUCAUGGAUUAAAAUCCUGCAGCGAACGCAAGGUCCCCCUGCUCAAGCCAGCGCAUGUCCAGGCCCGUCUGAAGUUUGCCAAUGACCAUCUGGAUGAUCCAGAGGAGGAAUGGGAGAAGGUCAUGUGGUCUGAUGAGACAAAAAUAGAGCUUUUUGGUCUAAACUCCACUCGCCUUGUUUGGAGGAAGAAGAAGGAUGAGUACAACCCCAAGAACACCAUCCCAACCGUGAAGCAUGGAGAUGGAAACAUCAUUCUUUGGGGAUGCUUUUCUGCAAAGGGGACAGGACGACUGCACCGUAUUGAGGGGAGGAUGGAUGGGGCCAUGUAUCUCGAGAUCUUGGCCAACAACCUCCUUCCCUCAGUAAGAGCAUUGAAGAUGGGUCGUGGCUGGCUCUUCCAGCAUGACAACGACCCGAAACACACAGCCAGGGCAACUAAGGAGUGGCUCCGUAAGAAGCAUCUCAAGGUCCUGGAGUGGCCUAGCCAGUCUCCGGCCCUGAACCCAAUAGAAAAUCUUUGGAGGGAGCUGAAAGUCCGUAUUGCCCAGCGACAGCCCCGAAACCUGAAGGAUCUGGAGAAGGUCUGUAUGGAGGAGUGGGCCAAAAUCCCUGCUGCAGUGUGUGCAAACCUGGUCAAGACCUACAGGAAACGUAUGAUCUCUGUAAUUGCAAACAAAGGUUUCUGUACCAAAUAUUAAGUUCUGCUUUUCUGCUGUAUCAAAUACUUAUGUCAUGCAAUAAAAUGCAAAUUAAUUACUUAAAAAUCAUACAAUGUGAUUUUCUGGAUUUUUGUUUUAGAUUCCGUCUCUCACAGUUGAAGUGUACCUAUGAUAAAAAUUACAGACCUCUACAUGCUUUGUAAGUAGGAAAACCUGCAAAAUCGGCAGUGUAUCAAAUACUUGUUCUCCCCACUGUAUAUAUAUAUACAGUUGAAGUCAGAAGUUUACAUACACCUUAGCCAAAUACAUUUAAACUCAGUUUUUCACAAUUCCAGACAUUUAUCCUAGUAAAGGUUCCCUGUCUUAGGUCAGUUAGGAUGUGAAAUGUCAGAAUAAUUGUAGAGAGAAUGAUUUCUUUCAGCUUUUUUUUCUUUCAUCACAUUCCCAGUGGGUCAGAAGUUUACAUACACUCAAUUAGUAUUUGGUAGCAUUGACUUUAAAUUGUUUAACUUGGGUCAAACGUUUCGGGUAGCCUUCCACAAGCUUUCCACAAUAAGUUGGGUGAAUUUUGGCCCAUUCCUCCUGACAGAGCUGGUUUAACUGAGUCAGGUUUGAAGGCCUCCUUGCUUGCACACGCUUUUUCAGUUCUGCCCACAAAUGUUCUAUAGGAUUGAGGUCAGGGCUUUGUGAUGGCCACUCCAAUACCUUGACUUUGUUGUCCUUAAGCCAUUUUGCCACAACUUUGGAAGUAUGCUUGGGGUCAUUGUCCAUUUGGAAGACCCAUUUGCGACCAAGCUUUAACUUCCUGACUGAUGUCUUGAGAUGUUGCUUCAAUAUAUCCACAUACUUUUCCUUCCAUCUAUUUUGUGAAGUGCACCAGUCCCUCCUGCAGCAAAAUUCCCCCACAUCAUGAUGCUGCCAUCCCCGUGCUUCACGGUUGGGAUGGUGUUCUUCGGCUUGCAAGGACCCCCUUUUUCCUCCAAACAUAACGAUGGUCAUUAUGGCCAAACAGUUCUAUUUUUGUUUCAUCAGACCAGAGGACAUUUCUCCAAAAAGUACAAUAUUUGUCCCCAUGUGCAGGUGCAAACCGUAGUCUGUCUUUUUUAUGGCGGUUUUGGAGCACUGGCUUCUUCCUUGCUGAGUGGCCUUUCAGGUUAUGUCGAUAUAGGACUCGUUUUACUGUGGAUAUAGAUAAUUUUGUACCUGUUUCCUCCAGCAUCUUCACAAGGUCCUUUGCUGUUGUUCUGGGAUUGAUUUGCACUUUUCGCACCAAUGUACGUUCAUCUCUAGGAGACAGAAGGCGGCUCCUUCCUGAGCGGUAUGACGGCUGCGUGGUCCCAUGGUGUUUAUACUUGCGUACUAUUGUUUGUACAGAUGAACGUGGUACCUUCAGGCAUUUGGAAAUUGCUCCCAAGGAUGAACCAGACUUGUGGAGGUCUACAAUUUUUCUUGGCUGAUUUCUUUUGAUUUUCCCAUUAUGUCAAGCAAAGAGGCACUGAGUUUGAAGAUUGGCCUUGAAAUACAUCCACAGGUUCACCUCCAAUUGACUCAAAAUAUGUCAAUUAGCCUAUCAGAAGCUUCUAAAGCCAUGACAUCAUUUUCUGGAAUUUUGUUUAAAGGCACAGUCAACUUAGUGACCCACUGGAAUUGUGAUACAAUGAUACAGUGAAAUAAUCUGUCUGUAAACAAUUGUUGGAAAAAUUACUUGUUUCAUGCACAAAGUAGAUGUCCUAACCGACUUGCCAAAACUAUAGUUUGUUAACAAGAAAUUUGUGGAGUGGUUGAAAAACUAGUUUUAAUGACUCCAACCUAAGUGUAUGUAAACUUCCGACUUCAACUGUAUAUAUGAAAACAUUGAAAACAAAGUGUCUAUUGCAAUAAAUUGGGCCCACAGAAGCAAUGAAUGAUUGGUUGAGGUGCAGCUUUUCAUUGCCCUCUCACACUCAUCCUCCUCAAUUUCCUCCUCCUCAGUGAUGUAGUGCAUUAACAGAUAUGCAGCUGAGAGGAGUCAGAUCAAUGAUUACUCAAGCCUUCUCCGCUCUCCUCCUAAUUAGCAGUGGAUUGGUCAGAGAGAGCCCAAACCUCAGCUGUGCUACCAGUGCCUGCCUCUCCACCCCACCCCGACCCAUAACUCAUUCUCCAUCCACCCUCCUACUCCUCCAUCUCUGUCCAAGCAGAUUGUUGUUUCUUCUGGGCAUUUCCCUGUCAGUGUGGGCAUUCUCCUGGGCAUUGCCCGGUGCUGAGUGUGCAGGCCAAGCCCGCGUGGCGUUAAUGUAGGGCGCAUGGCGGCGUAGCUCAUGAGUGUAGAGCAAAUGGUUUCCGACGGUGACGACAGGGCUCUUGUUGCUCAGCAAAAGCACUCCAUUUUGUUUGGUUGUUUAAUUUCCUAUGAAAGCACUUUCCUUCUUUUACAGAAAAGCAUGCAUAUUCCAUGUAUGCAGCAUGUUGACAAUAUGAUAGAGAAUAGAUACCGGCACAUUGAUGAAUGUUCCUGUUGUUUCACUGUAAAACUUGUGUUUAUAUGACGAAGGGUUAAUUAAUGACACAGCCUGUAUCGCCUGCUCAUUAUGUUGAAUCUAUAAAUAUCAUCGCAUUUCUUAUGUGGGUUAAGCCUGACGAGGACAUUUGGGUUGAAACGUUAAACAACGGGAGCAUUCAUCAGUGUGUGAGUAUCUAUUAUUUCAUUCGUUUAUUUUUGUACCCAGCAGCUGCAUGUCAUUGGAUGUUCGUAUACCAUGUUUGAAACUAGUCAUUAUACAUUACUGGACAUUUUACACGUCACAGUCCCUCAUUCUAGAAAUGUUAUCAUCUGUAAAAGACCCUUGUUGUUUUCAUUCAACUUUAUUAUCUGAGUAAUAAUUGUGAUGCAAAAGGCCUCAAUCAAUUAUUAUACACUGUAGCAUAUGAACAUAUUAUUUUGCUGGUUGUGAAAUAAAACACUGAAAGGGUUUCAUGUAAAAAAUAGCGUGUAGACUUCCUCACGUGUACAUACUAUUACAAUACCAGAAAUUAGCCUACUGGGUUUGCUGCAUUUGUUAUGUCUAGGGGUCUUAGGCCUAGCUACAUGGUCUGUGACCUGAUUGGAUGUGUGCAUAAAUGUGAGAAGUAUGCAUAUGUGACCAGGUGUUCAGUGCUUGUACCCGGAAGACAGCCACCUUAACUCAGGUCCAGGGCCAGCUCAGUCAUGAUUCACAUUGUCGGCCUGUCCAAGCAGAUUAUUAUUUGUUUCGAUGGUGAUGUAAGUAAACAUACAAAAAGGAAAAACUACAAACAGGCAUGCCUAAACUAAAGACUCAAUGGCCACCAAACAAAGCCAGCAGCCUCACGGCCCUGCCAGCUGGGACACUGACUGACUAUCACCUUAAUUGGCAGCACCUGUGUGCAAAUAAAGACUUGGCUCAGCAUCUAAACCAGUUGCUGCUGCCACCUGGGGAUAGAGUAUGGAUGUACAUCCUGGUAGUGUGUUUGUCCUACCACUAACCUUCCCCCACAUCAUAACAAUACAUACUACCAGUUUCCAGUGAUUAGAAUAAGACACUGAUGCACACAAUCGGUAUGUAUGUCAUUAAGAUACAGCAUUAUUAUUGCUGUGGUAAGAUUGAUUGCUGAGUGAAUACGAGACUAGAGAUGUUCCAUAGUAUUACAGCAUGAGACUAAUUGCCUAUUGACUAUUUAAAAAUACCUAAUCAUGACUCGUCUCCCAUGUAUCUUUCCGAAGGCCUUUGAGGACAUCUACAUCGAACAGAGAAAAGUGGUCAAAGUGGUGCUGGAGUACGCCGACAAGAUCUUCACCUACAUUUUCAUCCUAGAGAUGCUCCUCAAGUGGAUCGCCUACGGAUUCAAGAAGUACUUCACUAACUACUGGUGCUGGCUGGAUUUCCUGAUUGUGGAUGUAAGUGCAACGUUUAUUUCCAAACCCUCAGACAUGAUGACGAGACGAUGAUGUAAUUUGCUAAAGCGGCGGCCCACUUCACUUGAUUGUGUUUUAUAAUCUGGUCAGACGUGAUCAAUCGAUCUGUUUUUCGCAUGCAUUCUGAAAGCUCUGAAUUAGUUUUGAGAAGUGGACAAUGUGGAAUCCUGAUUUGUCUUGUCUUACUCUGUCAAUAAUAGUUGUAUUGAGCCACUUCACUUUUUGGAUGGUUUAGCUGUCAUGCCAGACAGUCAUAGGACCCAUUUCCCGGAUUCAGAAAAAGCCGAAUCCCGAAUGAAUAAGGAUGCUAAAUGGAGAAUAUUGUCAGGGAAUCUUAAUCUGUGUGUGGGAAACCUGCUCAUAAUGUACAGUAUACUGGUAAAUACUGCCUGGGAAGGACUAGGCACAUUUCGGGAAUUUUCACCGACCUACUGCGGUUCUCAAAAACGCUUUGUCCAAUCAGCACAGCCCUGUAGCGAGUCUAGCAACCCCACAAUCCCCUGGGGUCAAACGUCACUUAUUUGUUACCGCUUCAUCCUCUGGGAGAAACAUGAGAGCUGAGUUCACGUCAGUAGUUUGGACAUAUUGGUCUGUGGCAGAGAGUCUUUAGGCAGAGAGGCUUGAGCAAUUAGUGUUUGCUCUCUGCACACAGACACACCGCACAAAGGGAGGGAGAGAGAUGUCAGGGGGGAGGGAAGAGAAAGAAAGAGCGGGGGAGUGGGAGAGAGAGGAGGGAGGGAGAAAAAAAGAAAAAGAGAUGUAAAUAGCAUUUUUCUCCCAGGGAAAUUUCUCUGGCAUGUUUUACCAUUGCCAUGAAAACUGCUAAGUCAAUACGUAUUCCCCAUACACAGCUUGCUGGGACUAUUUCUAAUGAUAGAUGAUACCUUUAUGCAUCUUGGUUUUGGAUGUGCAGCAGAUGUUUGUUCUAUUUAAUCUGCAAUAUUGCCUGUGUUUCUUCAUGUAAAUUGUGAGAUGAAGUGAAUUGAAAAGAUAACCAAACAUGGCAUUCAAAAUGAUCAUGCCUUCCUAUUGUCCACCAAAAUAAUGGAAAUGUGGCGGUGGAUUUAUACCACUGUUGGUGGUGUGUAGUUCCCUCCUGAGUGAUUCAAUAUUCUAAAUUGCCCCACGGGGGGCCAGUAUAUUCCCUAACCGCACUUCAUUUGGGAGAGACUCCAUUUCAAAAAACUGCAACUCUUGACUUUAUCCCUAUUCACCACUCGAUUCAUCCGACGUGCUUCAAUCACUACAGGAAUAUUUUUCAUCUCUUCCAAAUCAAUUUCCCACGAAACGCCAGAUAUAAAUGAAAAUGUAUGCACUCACUAACUGUAAGUCGCUCUGGAUAAGAGCGUCUGCUAAAUGACUAAAAUGUAAAAUGUAGAUGUGACAAGUGGAGGGGGAAUCACAAUGUGUUUGUGUGCUUGCUGAAUCUUUUUUAAGGCCCCUCAACAAAGUGUUUUAAUGCAUCCUGAACCACUAUGUGUAAUGCCAAAGGUCUCCAAGUGAUGAAGUACCAAACACUUUAGGCAAGAAGAUCCCCAGUGGGUUUACUCCCUCCAUCUAGCUCUGUGCUCUGCUGAUCGUGUUCAACAAAAGUGUUGUGAUGUUUUUAUUUUCUUACAUCCCGAGGCAUAAGAGCACAAAAAGCCCCUGCACUUGAGUCAGUGAUUCAUUAAAACAACAUGACGAAGCGCAGAUGUCUGUGAACCUUUCAGAAUAAUUUCAGUCAUUUAUCUGAUUGUGGUAUUAGUCUCAGACAGUGUCUGGAGGGCUGUUGAAUAUUAAUUUGUGAGGGGUUUUUGGGGGCUAAAAAUGAAUUCUUCAGAGUACAAAACCACCCACUUUGCUCCAUGCAGGUUUGCUUGUGUAAAAACCUGUAUGUAUUGGAUCAGUCUGUACUAUAUAUUAAUUUAAAAGUAAGCAAGUAUGUGUUUUCACUGAAUGAACUAUAAUUUGAUUCACUGUUGGCCAGAUAUCAGUGAUUGGCCUGUUGGCCAGUGCCGUCAAUGUAGAGCAAAUUGGCACCUUGCGAGUCCUCAGGACCAUGCGAGCAUUGCGGUGGACCGGUUUGCCGGCGUAAGGGUAAGGCCCGAUCUGACCGCUAACCACCACCCCCGACCAUGCACAGUAGACACCUUGAGCUGUAGUUUCAUUGACCUCUCUUCCUCUCUCUUACACAGAUCAAAGCAGAAGUUUCGUGACCAUUCAUUAUUCUGCUACGAAAUAACCUAAUUUUAACAUUAUAUCCCCUUGAAUAUCAGAAGGAUGACCUUGAUGCUCCCAUUCUGGGUGACAUGAACACACAUUGGACUCUUAUGAACCCUUAACACAGUUGCUAACAGGAUGGGGCCAGAGUGGUCCAGUGUUCCUUUUCAGGUACUGUGUAGACAUUUCUUUGAACAGGUUGUGGCAGCCCCACUAACCAUGUGGGUUCUUGCGCUUUCUGUCUCCUCCUAGGUGUCUUUGGUGAGCCUAGUGGCUAACACGCUGGGCUACUCGGACUUCGCUGCCAUCAAAUCACUUAGAACCCUCAGAGCUCUGAGGCCGCUAAGAGCACUGUCCCGAUUUGAAGGCAUGCGGGUAAGAGUGGUCUCUCCCUCUCACUCCUGAUGUCAUCGAACCAUCUCAUCUGUCACGCUCUCUACCACCCUUUCUUUCCCUUACCAGCAUUUUCACUGUUUCUAUUCAGAAUACUCAAAAUAUUUGCCUACUUCAUAUCUCCUCUUAUGGUGUUAUAAUACCGUAAAAAAUCCAUGCUUUGCUCAUCUCUUAAUUCUCCAGCUAAUGCCACUAAUCCCUAGCCAAUCUUUCCCUUGGAAGAUUUUAGCAUGAAGAGCUAAUUAUGUUUUCAUAAUUCCCCUCAACUCCCUCCUUAGCAUGACAUGACUACCUCAUUAUCCAGCUUAUCAAUUUGGAUAAGCUUUAUUUCAUAUUAAGCUUUAUUUUGUAGUCUUUUUUACCAGGACCUUUCAUAGUGAAAUUAUAAUUAUGCCCUACAUCAUCAUUUAGGAAUCAGCAAAACAGGUAUCAUAUACCAAAUGUUUACAACAAAUUUAAGUUUGAACAGAAAAUUGCCUAUUGUUAUCACGUAAUUUCCAAGUAAAUACUUGAGAGAUACAGUGGGGUCCGAAAUGAUUGACACCCUUGAUAAAGAUGAGCAAUGAUUACUGUAUAAAAUACAUUUUCAAAUACUGAGCUAUAUUGUAUGCUCCAAAAAAUUGGGAAAUUAUACUAUUUUAUACUAAUGCAAUUGCUCAGAGAAAGUGAUUUUGUUUAACAAAUACAAAUCUAAAAAAGGUAGGGGUCAAAAUUGACACCCCUAAAGAUUCUUAUAAAUAAAGUAUUCAUAAGUUGACUAUUUGGUCACAUAUUCUUACCACGCAAUGACUACAUCAAGCUUGUGACUCUACAAACUUGUUGGAUGCAUUUGCAGUUAGUUUUGGUUGUGUUUCAGAUUUUGUCCCCAAUAUAAAUUAAUGGUAAAUAAUGUUUUGUGUCAUUUUGGAGUCACUUUUAUUAUAAAUAAGAAUAGAACAAUUUUCUAAACACUUCUACGUUAAUGAGGAUGCUACCAUGAUUAAGGAUAAUACUGAAUGAAUCAUGAAUAAUGAUGAGUGAGAAAGUUACAGAUUACCAAUAACAGGCUAUCUGUCUUGGGUACAAAACAAUCUGAAACAAAACCAAAAUGAACUGCAAAUGCAUCCAACAAGUCACAAGCUUGAUGUAGUCAUUAAGUGCUAGGAAUAUGGGACCAAAUACUAAACUUUUGACUAUGUUUUUAAUAAGAAUCUUUAAGGGUGUCAAUAAUUUUGACCCCUACUUCCUUGAAAAAAAAAAAGUAUUACUUGUUUAAAAAAUAUAUUUCUCUGAGCAAUUGUAUUAGUAUAACAUUAUAUAUUUUCCUAAUUGUUUGGAGCAUACAAUAUAGCUCAGUAUUCGAAUUAUUUAUUUAAUACAGUCAUUAUUGCUCAUCUUUAUCAAGGGGUUUCUGUUAACAAAGCCCAGUUCUCACUAAAUCAAUGUUGUUACAGCAUUAUUACACAGGAAAAUGGACAAAUCAUUGCAAACUGUUACCAGAAAAGCUGAUAAAUGUAGUAGAAUUAUGCAUGUACAUACUCCAUGUACAUACUCCAUACACUUAGUAUUUAGAAUUUCCAUUAUCUCAUUCCAAACUUUCUAUCCAAUAUCACAUCUUUACUCAUCUGUGAUAUUACUUUACAAGUUGUUUCUCACUUCUGUCAGUAUUAAUAUAAAUAUUCUUGCUAUUCCACUGUUUGUUUAAGCAGUUGCUUUUCUUCUCACUUUCUCUUGCAUGCAUUCCUGUGUUCAGAUAUUCCAAUUAAUGUUUAGCCUGUAACAUUUCCAUAAUCAUUAUUCAUUCCCUCAAACACAUCCUUAAACCCCCUCGAACAGUUCAUGCACACUGUAGUUAAGAUUUUGGGCUAUUGUUCCCUCCUGUUGCACCAUGUUAGUUUUCUAAGUCAACAGCUGUCAGCCUAGCUUGUAGGCCUUUAAUAUGUAUAUAAUUUCCCCUGACAUCCACUGGAAUGAAUUUGAAUUCCUGCUCAUGAAAUGUGCAUGCUGUCGGAAAUGGGGGGGCUGAUGUCCGCCGAGCUCGCUGCUCUCCGCCACUGUAAAUCUGGCAAAUGGGAUUAGGCGUCACACUGCUUGAAAACGGCUGGGUCCGCUCCUCAGUGGGAAACACGAAGUGGAAGUGAAGCCCUGCUAUACAAAGGAGUGAGUCUGAGUGAGCAGCAGGUUUCUUUGUGACACCCUCUUGAGGGAUGUGCAGGGCUGAACCCCAAUAUCCACUGGUUCUAUUACGGCAGUGACACUCAGGAACUCCUAGCUCUGCAAUCACUACCCUCCUGUUGCUCUAGUCUAGCACUUUAAGGUUCGUCUCAACCAGGAAAUCUCUUAACAGGGUGGUUUAAAAAGUUGCUGCUGCUCCUGAUUUGAAUAUGAGACAAACAAACAUGCUUAAUCUCAUUUGCCAGUUCCACUAGUUUGCAUGGAUUUUGGAAAUUUGAUAUUUUUAAGGGUGGUGGGAUUAUUCUACAAAAGUGUUUUUGAGUGGUUUGAUAUUUAUAUAUAUAUAUUUAGUGUUGGGGGGAUGUGGUUUGGGCAAGCACUUAGGGUAAGUGUGUGAAGUCAACCACAAGCAUGUAGACACUGGUGUGAGUUUCUCUGAUUAAGUUACUGGCAUCAUGCAUGGAGUGUGUCACAUGAAAGCAGAAGGGGGCGGAUGGAUACCUGACGUGCUGCGUGUGUUUCCAUGGCGACAGGUUGUGGUGAACGCCCUGAUCGGCGCCAUCCCGUCCAUCAUGAACGUACUGCUGGUGUGCCUGAUCUUCUGGCUCAUCUUCAGCAUCAUGGGGGUCAACCUGUUCGCCGGCAAGUACGGUCGCUGCGUCAACCGGACAGGGUUCAUCCACAACGUGUCCAUGGUCAACAACAAGACCGACUGCCUGGCCAUGAACGACACGCAGUUCUACUGGACCAUAGUCAAGGUCAACUUCGACAACGUGGGCGCCGGUUACCUUGCCCUCUUACAAGUUGUGAGUUGGACUUAUUUUUUUUUUUAUUUUCCUCACAGUUUGAGAUGUUCUUUCCUCCCACUUGUACCUCAUAUUUUUUGUCGCUGCCCACCGUGCCUGUCUAGAGAUCCCUGAAUCAAUCAACAAGUCGAAAGCUUUUAUUUUUAGCAGCGGCGUGGGCCAUUACAGAGAAUGUUGUGCUAUGCAAGUGCAUGCACUUCAUUCUUCGCUUUAACUUAGUUGGCGCGGUAGCCUAGCAACAAUUCACUUAACUCCUUUCUGUCACCUUCUUGUGACUUGGCUCCAUUCAAACUUCCCAUUUGCAUCUGGAAAUAGUCUGGCCCUCAGUCAUUCACAAAAGCCAAUAAUAACCCGUAACCAAGGCGAAAAGGCCCACCACUGUGAUUUCUCGCUGAUAAGAACUCACUUGUCAAUAUCAAAUCAAAUGUAUUGGUCACAUACACCUGUUUAGCAGAUGUUAUUGCGGGUGUAGUGAAAUGCUUGUGCUUCUAGCCCCGACAGUUGAAGUAGGGCACCCUGCUCACUCUCAUUUUUCCUCCCUCUAGAAAGACACUCCAUGCUGUCAGGAGGAAGCACAUAUAAGUCCUUUCCACUGCCAUUCAUAACAUCUCAGCUCUAACAUGGCAGAUGUCCAAUAUUUAUUUUGUAGAGACUGUAUGAUUAUGAUUUAUAUAUAUUUUUUUUUGGGGGGGGGUGUUCUUCCGUUUUAUGGUUGAUGACAAAACCGUAUCAUAGGAAGGAUAGAUACCCACACUCUGUCAUAUAGAAUUACAAACAUAUUUCGUUUGAAUUUUCAUUGUAACAUGUAUGCAUUUAUAUAGUGAUGCUCAUUGAAGUUGAUAGUGGCACAUGCACAUUGAAGUUGAUAGUGGCACAUGCACAUUGAAGUUGAUAGUGGCACAUGCUGAUUGAAGUUGAUAGUGGCACAUGCACAUUGAAGUUGAUAGUGGCACAUGCACAUUGAAGUUGAUAGUGGCACAUGCUCAUUGAAGUUGAAAGUGGCACAUGCUCAUUGAAGUUGAUAGUGGCACAUGCACAUUGAAGUUGAUAGUGGCACAUGCACAUUGAAGUUGAUAGUGGCACAUGCUCAUUGAAGUUGAUAGUGGCACAUGCUCAUUGAAGUUGAUAGUGGCACAUGCUCAUUGAAGUUGAUAGUGGCACAUGCUCAUUGAAGUUGAUAGUGGCACAUGCACAUUGAAGUUGAUAGUGGCACAUGCACAUUGAAGUUGAUAGUGGCACAUGCUCAUUGAAGUUGAUAGUGGCACAUGCUCAUUGAAGUUGAUAGUGGCACAUGCACAUUGAAGUUGAUACUGGCACAUGCACAUUGAAGUUGAUAGUGGCACAUGCUCAUUGAAGUUGAUAGUGGCACAUGCUCAUUGAAGUUGAUAGUGGCACAUGCUCAUUGAAGUUGAUAGUGGCACAUGCUCAUUGAAGUUGAUAGUGGCACAUGCUCAUUGAAGUUGAUAGUGGCACAUGCACAUUGAAGUUGAUAGUGGCACAUGCUCAUUGAAGUUGAUAGUGGCACAUGCUCAUUGAAGUUGAUAGUGGCACAUGCACAUUGAAGUUGAUAGUGGCACAUGCACAUUGAAGUUGAUAGUGGCACAUGCUCAUUGAAGUUGAUAGUGGCACAUGCUCAUUGAAGUUUGUGUCCUUUGUUACAAGGCUACAUUCAAAGGCUGGAUGGACAUCAUGUAUGCAGCAGUGGAUUCUCGUGCUGUAAGUAUUAAAUGUCAAUGUACUUGUUUUGUAUGACAUGAUUUAACAUUUGAAUGUUCUAUCAUAAGGCCAAUAUAAGAGUGUCAUAAAAAUAACUUAGAGCUUUGGUAUUUUCAUUAAUGACUGUAUAUUGCAUUUUUUGUUAUAACCAUGCCUUGAUGCAAUACCACCAUAACAUUUACCAGAAUAACACAGUUUUCAAAUGAUAAAAUGUAACUGAACAGUGUAUUGUCCUAACAUGGUUUUUCCCUGGCUGCACAAGGUGGACGAACAGCCUAUCAGAGAGGUCAACAUGUACAUGUACCUCUACUUCGUCAUCUUCAUCAUCUUUGGCUCCUUCUUCACCCUCAACCUCUUCAUCGGUGUCAUCAUCGACAACUUCAACCAGCAGAAACGAAAGAUAAGUAUCAAAAACAUCAUGGCCAACAAAUGGUCUGAUGUGAAUAACCUGCCAUGAACUUAAAAAAGGGGUUAUUUUCACAGUGAAAAUAACUGAAACGGGAUGUCUCUUUACUUAGGUGGGCAAGACAUCUUCAUGACAGAGGAACAGAAAAAGUACUACAAUGCCAUGAAGAAGCUAGGGUCUAAAAAGCCUCAGAAACCAAUUCCAAGGCCAGUGGUAAGCUGGAGCUAAUUGAACCCUAUUUUCUUGAUCUAAUUAAAGGGAUAUUUCACUUUUUGAGAGCUUUUGGCUUAUUUUUGAUAACACACCAGAUAAGUAGAAAAUAAGCUAAAACCUUUUUAAAAAAGGGAAUUAUUCCUUUAAUUUUCUUUGCCCUAUAGUGUAUUAGCCUCUUGUGUUCCAAUGACUUGUAUUUCUUGAUCUUAAAGGGAUAGUUAACUUUUUGGAAGUAUUGGCUUUAAAAAACUAUAUUACAUAAAAGUUCAAACCUCAAAUAAGUUACCUAUUCUUUAAAUUUUCUUCACCUUAGUGCAUAAGCCUCUUGCAUUUCAAAAGAACUUAACACCUAUUACUCACUCUACCUCUCUACUGCCAGAAUCAAGUGCAGGGCUUCUUCUUCGACCUGGUGGGCAAGCAGGCGUUCGACAUCAUCAUCAUGGUCCUCAUCCUGCUCAACAUGAUUACCAUGAUGGUGGAGACGGACGAGCAGCCGGCCCGCAUGGAGUACAUCCUCAACAAAAUCAACCUGGCCUUCAUCAUCAUCUUCUCCUGCGAGUGCCUCAUCAAGAUCGUGGCGCUGCGCUGCUACUUCUUCACCAUUGGCUGGAACAUCUUCGACUUUGUGGUGGUCAUCCUCUCCAUCGUUGGUGAGUCUGUUGCUUGGGCUUUAUUAAAUCAGGGGUUUUCAAUUAUGCUCAUUUACGAUGUAAUUGCAUGUCUUUGUCAACUGGCAGUAAUACUGAAAUAAGGUUACUUUAUGUAGCUACACUACCGGUCAAAAGUUUUAGAACAUCUACUCAUUCAAGGGUUUUUCUUUAUUUUGACUAUUUUUUACAUUGUAGAAUAAGUGAAGACAUCAAAACUAUGGAAAUAACACAUAUGGAAUUAUGUAGUAACCAAAAAAGUAUUAAACAAAUCAGAAUAUAUUUUAUAUUUCAGACUCUGUAUAUGUAGCUGAUGUAUGGCUAACGGUAUGUAGUUCUCGUCUAAUGCCACUGUGGCAGCUCAACAUCCUUGGGUGAUACAGUUGAUACAUGACCUUGGCGGUUUGCUUAUAAGCAAGGCAUUCCAAGUUACUAGCUGGCCCAUUCACAGAUAAUGACAUUUAGCUUAGGACCUUCAAAUUUUCCAACAAAAAUCAUAUCAACAGAUUUCCCAUGUCCUAUGUAGCUCAGUUUGUAGAGCAUGGCGCUUGCAAUGCCAGGGUUGUGGGCAAUAUUCCUUCAAAUGAAAUGUGGCAUUGAGCAAAUUUCAGGUCCGCUGAGCGCAAACUUGAAUGUUAUGAUAAUUCUGUGCACUUCCAGCACGCGUUUACUGUGAACAAUGAGGCUGAACCCGCUUUAGGUUACAGUUUUAACAGUGGUCAUGUAGACUACUGUGGCUAUUUGAUCAUAAUGUAGGCCUACCAGAGUGGCUUACCAUAAAAAAACAAUGGAGAAAAUGCAUCCCAUAACAUCUUAACAUGGAAAUAGCUGUUCUACAUUCAGCCUACAGUAGCAGCCAAUCUGUGGCGUUCAAUGUAGGCCUACAUUCCAUGAGACUUUUGAAAAAAAAACAUGCAGGGCUUGACAUUAACCUGUUUAUCCACUUGUCCUUCAGACAAGGAGGAGACUGAAAAUAUUGUUGUGUUGUUUGAUGCAAGAAACCACUUUACAAAAUAAAAUACAUACAUUUUCCCAUACCAUUUAUUACAGCGAAUCAGACAAAUUAUGCUAGCCUCUGCCUAUUGGCUACUUAGCUUAUUCAAGCCUGUCUCAGAAUACAACACUGCCCCUUUAAGACAAAAACAAAGCUGACUUUACCUGACUCACUUUUCAAAGAUGUCUAGAAAUGUACACGUUUUGUGCUUUUGUAGGAAGCAAUCACUCCCCUAUUGUUGACUACCAAUGAUCUAUAACUGGGCUAAUAACUCACUAACUAGCAAAGGAUAUGAACACAAUGUGCACACGUGGCUGCAUGCAGCUUUCGCUUUGAUCUCAAAACAAGCGCAUCUACUCACCACCACUCAUGCUGUAAACACAGUCCAGUUCAAAGUAAAUUGCACAGAUCCAUGUAUGGCAAUGGUCUAUUUGCAUAUAGGCCUACUGCAGCUCUGAUUGGUUAUGCCGUACUGGUCUGUGUAGAGUACAGGCUGAGUCGUGCGUGUCAAUGCAAUAGAAUCCUACUCCGAUGUGUUCUGCCUACAACAAAAUCUCUUGCAUAGUUUGCUUUGUUUCGGUAUGUUGCGUUGAAAGUGGCUAAUAUUGCGUUGAUUCGAUCACAAUUGCCACAUUAAAGGGAAACGUUGAUAGUGUUAACAGUGAAAACUCUAGAACAGUGGUCACCAACCUUUUCUGAGUCACUUUUAGUCUAAAUGCAAGCCGAGAUCUACCGCUCAGAUUCUUUUUUUUACCUGUCUUAAAAAACGCAAGCCUAUGCAACAUUAACCAAUUAAAAACAGUACUGUUGCAAUGAGGUUUGUGCAGUAAGCUAUAGGCCCAUCACAUUAUCACAGCAUAUUGGCUUUGCUUGAAUUGCCCUACCAAUGCAUUGUUGUUCGGGCCAUUUCAACAUUUGAGGUAGGCUAUAUGAUCACAUCAGUAAUAGAUCUGCUGUUGUAUUACUUAUGAAGCACAGCUGAGUGAGCAUACAUUUAAAUCAUUCGCUUAUUUUAUUUUACUGGGCUGAUGGUGGCUGCAUCUGAUGGUCAGUCUCAGCGGAGGGAGAGGGCAGCAGACUGGGGGUCCGUCUCUCAACGUCCCUCCUCUCCCAUUCCUCCACUGACACUGACCAAAAAGGGACACCGUCUUCCAGUUGAUGGCAAAACUCAAUACGCACCGCAUUAUUUCUGCCUCAUGUACUAAUUCAUGUUGUUACUCCUAUGAACAGAGAAAGUGAAGUAUUCAUUGAUAUAAAAAAGACCCAAGCUGCUAAUAAUAACAAGGCAAGCCUAUAGGGAUACACUUUCCUACUCAUUCAUUACUGCUGCAGCGCUUGUUGUAGCGCUGAGUGGAAAUAGGAAGAAUGCGGAUUUUAUGGCUUAUAAAAGUGUUGAAUACAAAGUGUUGACAGUGCUGAGUAAGAACUUAAACAUGAACUCACUCAUAAAAACAGCAUAUCUUUGCUGUAUUCGUUGACAGUCUAUCUCUAGUCAUGGUUUUAAACGUUUUGAAAUCUCACAGGACAGCUGAAUCGGGUGCACCUACCGCUAACAGUUUUACUUGACUGUGUUUGGCGGAUCGACUAGGAAUGCCUUGGAGAUCGACCAGUCGAUUCGCAAUCGACCGGUUGGUGACCACUGAUCUAGAAAGUUGAGUGAAAUUAAAUCUCGUGCUUCUCUCUGUGGGCUGAUAUUUCUGCGUGGCAGUCCCGGGGAGCUGCUCGGCAGUCUCGGGCUACUGCGCGCACGCGUGCAGCUUAGAGGGAACAUUGGUUGUUUGAUUCCCACGGGGGACCAGUAUGAAAAAUGUAUGCACUCACUACUGUAAGUCGCUCUGGAUAAGAGAGUCUAAUACAUGUAAAAAAAAAAAUGCUAAGGAACACAUUUCAGAAUCUUAAUUGUGUUUUGCAAUGUACCUUGGCCAUCACGUCUGUCAUCCAAUAUUUUUGUAUUCAUUUGGCAAGGUUAUCUAUCGUGUCAAUCAAUUCAUUGAUAGUAAGUGGGGCUAUAUCUGAUGAACCAGGGGCACUCUGUGCUUAGGUAAUAGCCUCUCUCUAUUCAGUAUCCGCCAAACUGAUUUUCCUUUCUGCGACCAUAUAUGUUCUGCAUGGCCCUGAUGGGGAACUAAAGCAAACCAAAGGGCCAGCACAUAGGUUGAAUCUAAAUAGCCGUCACCAUGCUAAAUUACAUGCGUGGGCAAGGAUGCCUCUGUUGAGGUGAAGGUAAUUGUAGCAAUCGGGGCUGUCAGCGGGGGUGAUUUGGGCAUGAUUGAGGUGCUGCAUCACAGGGUUGUGGUUGGUGGUUGGUGGGGGGCUGGGGGCUUAACGUAUGGCUCCAAAGGGUGACUCCCAACCCCCCUCCCCAAUCAAUAACUCAGGUGCGACCUUCCUGGUCCAUGGGAGAGGAGGGACACAAAUCAGGGACAGAUGGUAAAGUGGUCGUGGAGGUGAGAGGGAUGGGAGGCAACUUGAAUGUCAUUUGAAGGCAGGCAGACCCAGUAAUAAGUGGAAGCCUUUAUCAUGAGCUCAUUGGUGAGUGGGUCUGGGGAAGCUAGAAUUUACAUGAAGGAGAAGGAAGCUGAAUAGUGAUAGCAGGGAGACUCUGUACUUCAGCUUAAUUCACUCCUGGUUACCAAUAGUCAACCUAAUUCCAUAAGAUAUUGUGUACAUAGUGUGUGAAAGAGCUGGCCUACUGUUAAUGAUGGUCUAUUAGAAGUACAUAAAUCUCAUGUUUUUUCCCCUAUCUUCCAGGUAUCGUUCUCGCUGACAUCAUAGAGAAGUACUUUGUGUCGCCCACACUGUUCCGAGUCAUCCGAUUGGCCAGGAUCGGACGAGUACUUCGACUCAUCCGCGGAGCCAAAGGAAUAAGGACCUUACUCUUUGCCUUAAUGAUGUCCCUUCCCGCCCUGUUCAACAUCGGCCUCCUGCUCUUUCUGGUCAUGUUCAUCUACGCCAUCUUUGGCAUGGCCAACUUUGCCUACGUCAAGAAGCAGGCGGGCAUCGACGACAUGUUCAACUUCGAGACGUUCGGCAACAGUAUGAUCUGCCUGUUCCAGAUCACCACAUCGGCGGGCUGGGACGGCCUGCUCAGCCCCAUCCUCAACAACUCUCCGGAGGAGUGCGACCCCAACCUCAUCCACACAGGCACCAAUGCCCGGGGCAACUGCGGCAACCCUUCAGUGGGCAUCACCUUCUUCGUCACCUACAUCAUCAUCUCCUUCCUCAUCGUGGUCAACAUGUACAUCGCCAUCAUUCUGGAGAACUUCAGCGUGGCCACCGAGGAGAGCACUGAGCCGCUGAGCGAGGACGACUUCGAGAUGUUUUACGAGGUGUGGGAGAAAUUCGACCCGGAGGCCACGCAGUUCAUCGAGUACACCAAGCUGUCAGACUUUGCCGACACGCUGUCGGAGCCACUGCGCAUUGGCAAGCCCAACAAGAUCAAGCUGAUCUCCAUGGACCUACCCAUGGUCAGUGGGGACAAGAUCCACUGCCUGGACAUUCUGUUUGCCUUCACCAAGCGUGUGCUGGGUGAGUCAGGAGAGAUGGACGCUCUCAAGCAGCAGAUGGAGGAGAAGUUCAUGAUGGCCAAUCCGUCCAAGAUCUCCUACGAGCCCAUCACCACCACGCUGAGGCGCAAGCAGGAGGACAUGUCGGCCGCUGUCAUCCAGAGGUGCUACCGCCGGCACCUGGUGCGGAGGCAGAUGAAACAGGCCUCCUUCCUGUACAGAUCAAUGCAGAUCAAUCUGACGCAAAGCUCCACGGACAAGAGGGGCACCACCCUGGAGAAAGAGGGCCUCAUAGCCUCCAUGAUCAAGGAGAACUACGGGGGGCCUGAGAUGGAGCUGAUGGAGACCCUGUCCUCCACCUCCUCCCCGCCGUCUUACGACAGCGUCACACGGGCGACUAGCGAACUUUUCCAAGUUCUAAUUCUAGAACAGUCCAGGAACAGUGACCUAAACUUACAUUGCCCUGCCCCCGACAGAGACCGCGAGACAUUUCUG